UAACUAUUGCCACGUCGGAUGCUGAUCCAAUCAUCUUGAUCCAACAGUCUUAACAUCAAAAGCAUCCCAAAAAGAUUGGACCAAAAACCCAGUAUUACAAAUACUAGUACGAACAUUACAAACCAUUCAACAAUUUUCACAUAAUUUGAUCAACUUUUUUUCCCAUAAUCUUGAACCCAGACAACCCAGAAAAAGAUAAUCAAAUUCAGUGAAGAAGAAGAAGAAAAACGAUGUCGUUCAGUUCAUCUUUAGCAAGUCCUCAAUCUCUGACACUCUUUUCCAAAUCCUUUAAUGGACAACUGCAACAUAGGCGGGCUUCUCCCCGUUUCAGAGCUUCUGCUGAUAUCCCUGAUUUUCUCUCUGCUGAUUGGCUUGAAGCUCGCAAGAAGAAGCCUUUCGGUCCAACUCUACAUUUUAGUGCAGAGGAAGCUGUUAGUCAGCAGCUAGAUGCCCUGAAGUACAAUGAUCAACCUCGUCAAGAUUAUGGGAUUGAGGUUAUGUAUAGGUUUGCUGGAUUUGAUCCUUUUGAAAGAUCUACUUAUUUCGGACCACACUUUGAUUUAGGGCAGUUUGAACGCUUCAGGCGAAUUUUUCACCAUUCCAGCUACCGAGUGUUGCUUGGCCACAAGGAAAGGAAAAUAUUGAGCAGCUUAUUGGUUAAGGAGAAUCGCUUCAAGCAACGAGUUUGGGUGCAAGGAGCUCGUCCAGCUGAAGAAGAGAUAUUUGAAUUUACCAUGGUGCAGAGGCUUGGUGGUUCCUGGGAUGGUUACUGGCUCACUGAGACUCUACAUCAUGAUGGAGACAGCUUCUCCGGUGGUAUGGCUUAUUGAACAACCCUCUUGAGAGAGUCGAGACAUAUGGUGGCACAUAAUUGCUGCAAUGUGAUUACUCCUUGUCAACUCUUAACAAAGCAUGGUAUUACAGUGUUGUCUCACCUUCAGAAUUUGUAAUUUUGUACAUAAAAACGUCCAAACUGUUUUACUUGUUCUGCUAAAUUAUACUUGUAAAUUGUUACCCUUGUGAAUAAAGCAAUAGUGUGGCCUGGCUUCCUCUUCGAGUAUUUGCUAUUAUC